GCGGGCGCAGACGUGGUCCGUUUUGGGGCGUAGCCGGUCGGAAGCAACAGAGGCGGGCUCUGGGUUCCGGGUUGCUCCGAGGAUGGUUCUUCGGCGGCUCUUGGCCGCGCUGCUGCACAGCCCGCAGCUGGUGGAGCGUCUGUCGGAGUCUAAGCCCAUCCGGCGGGCGGCGCAGCUCACGGCCUUCGCACUGCUGCAGGCGCAGCUUCGCGGCCAGGACGCAGCCCGGCGCCUGCGAGCCCUCGCGGCUGGGCCCGCGGGCUCCCUAGGUCGCCGCGCUGCCCGCUUCAGAGACACCUUCACGCAGGAGCUGCGCCGCGGCCUCCGGGACCGCCCGGGGUCACCUCCGGGUAACCAGAGGGGCCCGGGCGCGAACCGCUAAAUCCAGGCUGGGCCCGUCAAGGUCACCGGCUUUCCUCUCUGGGCUCGACACAGGCCUCGGCGGUAAGGAGUCACCGCGGUCACUGUGCCCAGCUUGGAUUUCCGACUCAGAUUGUUGGCCUUCAGAGGUUCCACUCAUCAGAGAGCCCAGGCCAAACCGACACCCCCGGUGAAGCCCUGUGAUCGGACUGGACAGUGUGAAGAAAGCCCCAGAAGCCUGACAAAUAGAUAGGCUGGGCCCUGAGGCACCGUGUACAGAGAGCCAUGAGGCAAACCACAGCCGAAGGAGUCUGCCCUCUGCGAAUAGGACUAAAGCUCGUAGUAGAUGCUGCUGCCUCUGCCCGGAUAGAGCAGCGCGCUACUUCCAGGGAGAGGACAAACCUGCAGCUGCCCAAAUCCUUCGAUUAAAUGUGUGAGCUGAGUAAUGGA